ACUGAAAUGUGCAGGCUGUGUCACACUGGAUGCUCCCCAGAUGGAAGCUGGCUUGUGAGCAGCAGAAUUAGUCAUGGGCUGCACACCAUCCAAAUCCAACAUCACCUACUCGCACGUGCGCGUGAGUCGAGAUCUGGACACCUGUUCCACAUUUGUGCCCAGUUUAAAGAGCUCCGUUUCCACACCAGAGAGGCCUUCACCUCAGCUCUGUCUUGAGACGGCCAGCGGGAAGCAAACGUUUCUCAGUGUUCCUAGUCGUGACUGUUACGGGCGCUCCGUGAGUCAGCCCAGCAGCCCGGACGUAUGGAGCACGGUAAGCACCGGCAGCCCGUUCGGUCCGGAUCGACCAUGCGUACAGCCGAGCUGCACAGACAGCGACUCCGAGGACGACAACGCGCCUCCCGGCGCUAAACGAUGACAGUCAUGGUCGUCGUUUUUAUACCCCACCCUAGCUGAAAUGAAGGGAUUUGUUGUAUCCAAAACAAACGCCAAACUUGAGUAAUAUAUUUGUAUCUCUCUAGUAUCUAAAUCAAAAGAUGAACCAAAUAUAUAAUGUCCAAACAACCAUAUUCUAUUUAUCUUUAAAAGAAUGUAGCAGUGCUUCACAUUUCUGUUCUAUAAACAAAAUGCAACGGUAACACGUUACCCUUGAAAUGACAAGAAGAGAAUAAACGCCAACGUGCAAGCCUCGCGGUAUUUGGGAGAAUUCCCGCGAGAGUUUGCGGAUUUCGGACAGCGAAGAGGGCGAAAUGGAGAUAUGAGGUCUGAAAAGGAGCAGAGGACAGGAAGCAGGGAGCGAGGCAGCGUCGAGAUCCAGUUCAGGGAUUGUCAGAGGGAGCAGGACAACGUCGCGGUGAACCCGAAGCACAAGGAGGAGAAGAAGGAGGUCUUCACCAAGGUUGUCAUACGCCGAUUGCCACCCAGUUUAUCAAAAGACCAGCUUGAAGAGCAUCUGAGUCCUCUUCCAUCUUUUGACUAUUUUGAGUUCUUCCCUGCUGAUCAGAGCUUAUACCCGCAUCUCUUCUCAAGAGCAUACAUCAACUUCAAAAACCCAGAGGAUAUCAUUAUUUUCAGAGAUCGCUUUGAUGGUUAUGUAUUCAUUGACAAUAAAGGCCAAGAGUAUCCAGCUGUCGUAGAAUUUGCACCAUUUCAGAAGGUUUCCAAGAAAAAGUUAAAGAAGAAAGAUGCUAAAGCAGGAACUAUUGAAGAAGACCCAGAAUACAGGCGAUUUCUGGAAAACUAUUCUUGUGAUGAGGAGAAAUCAAUGGCCAAUCCCGAAACACUAUUGGGAGAGAUUGAAGCUAAAACCCGAGAACUCAUAGCCAAAAGGACAACACCCUUGCUGGAGUACAUCAAAAACAAGAAAUUAGAGAAACAGAGAAUAAGAGAGGAAAAAAGAGAGGAGAGGCGAAGGAGGGAACUGGAAAAGAAGCGACAGAGGGAAGAGGAGAAGCGAAAGCGCAGAGAAGAGGAGAGACGAAAGCGAAAAGAGGCUGAAAAGCAGAAGAAGCUAUCUGAAAAGGAGAUAAAAAUCAAGCUUUUGAAGAAGUGUGAUCGAGACGAUGACGUGGACUCAGACAGACUGAAAGAUAAAGGAGACAGUGGAGAGACAGAGAAGAACAGAUGGGAAAAGCAAACAGGACACACCAAGUCAAAGGAUUCCAAGGAUAAUAGGAGUCAAAUCGAGAGUGACAAGGAGCAGCGGGAAGGUCACGGCCGUCGGCAGAGGGACAAAGAGCAUCGCGGCAGAGACGAGGAGCGCAAACGACAGAGGCAUCACUACGAAUUUGACAAGUUCAUGCGGCGCAAAGAGGAGACCAAAUGGGGCAAAGGCUACUGUCAGGACAGAGCCAAGAAAGACCAACACCAUGGCUAUUCUUACUGCCCAGAGACCGGAGACAAACUGGGCAAAGAGGACCGAGAAGACAUGGGCAGCAGGAAAGAACGGAUUCGCAAUAAGUCUGUGUUAGUGCAUCAGGAGAAAAGGACUUCCCAGUCUGAGGGGCCAGACCAGAUAGGAGGGGCUCUGCCAGCAAAGGACCGACCGGCAAUGCAGCUGUACCAGCCUGGUGCUAGAAACCGCAAGCGAAUGGGCUCUGGGAACAAGACAUUUGACUUUCCACCAAUCUCUCCUGAACACGGUGGAGAACACUGCUACAAGACGGUCAUAGGUACAGGCUCAGAGAAGAGUGCAGACGAGUGAAGAAAAAAGCAAGACAGGAAGAAGUCUACUUUAGGAAGCGAGGGUUGUGCCAGUAUUGAAAGAACACUUAACUUCUACCUUGUUUUCUGUCUUCUGAUGUGUGAGUAUAGUGCACUGAAAUCCCCUUUAUACACAAAGUCUACAGUGUCAUAAAUUCUUCUGUACGCUUAUAAAGGAUUCACACCACUUCAUUGACAAAAAUACCUCAUUAUUUACAGAGAUCAGAUUUGUAUGCCUUUUGUAGUGCAAGAAAUGGAUUCCGUUAAAUGAGAAUAUAGAUAUAUAUAGAUUUUACUGUAAAGAAAAGCAGUGUGUUGUGAAAUCUGUAUUUUAAAUAUAUGUAAUGUGGGAUGGGGAACAGAGACAUAUUUUUUCUUUAGGAUAUAAAAAUGCUACACUGUAUUAAUAAAACUUAAAUUUAAGCAUGCAACUCUUCAUUUCACAUUUUCACACUGUAAUGCCUUUGAAUGAUGCCUCUAUUGUCCCUGACGUGUAUACAUUGUGGCUUUUCUAUAUUAAGAAAUACAACAGGAUAUAGCAAAUUUCAGAGCGUUGUUUUACCUGCGGGCCAAGAAGAACAAAAUUGUUUGUUAAAAUCGUCUUCUGUUAGGUCAAAUAACAUGUUUUGUGAUAUUUCUAACCAAUGCGCAUGUUUUUGCAGUCAUUCAGUGGUGGGAGGCUACAUGGGGUCACAUGCCUUACCUUUGAUUUGCACUUAAAGAUCCCUUCUGUUAUUAAAUAGCCUACAAAAAUACAGUUUUUAAAAUCAUUGCUGAGUCCAACAAAAAAGUGAACUCUGUAGAAUAUAUUAAAAAUGUGAUAUUGUAUUUGAUGGAUUGACCAUUUGUGUACAAUAAAGAUAUAUGAUUAUAUAAA